AUGCUCACCGAGCGGCUAAUGGCGGCGGUGAAGCAGAUCCUAGCGGGGCUGGAGGAAACCGUGGCUGGUCAGACUGGUUUAAAUACAAGAAAUAACAAACAGCCUCAAAGUGAUAUGGGAUGUCAGACAGAAAGGAAAAAACCUUUUAGUUGCUCUGAGUGUGGUAAAAGAUUUAAACAUUGGGGCAUUCUAAAUAAACAUUUGAGGAUUCAUACAGGAGAGAAACCGUUCAUUUGCUCUGAGUGUGGUAAAAGAUUUAAGCAAAGGGGCAAUCUGAAUACACAUAUGAGGAUUCAUACUGGAGAGAAACCCUUUAGUUGCUCUGAGUGUGGUAAAAGAUUUAAACAUAAGGGCAUUCUAAAUAAACAUAUGAGGAUUCAUACAGGACAGAAACCGUUUAGUUGCUCUGAGUGUGGUAACAGAUUUAACCAAAGAUCAAAUUUAAAUAGACAUAUGACGACCCAUACAGGAGAGAAACCGUUUAGUUGCUCUGAGUGUGGUAAUAGAUUUACCGAAAGGGGCAAUCUAAAUUCACAUAUGAAGAUUCAUACAGGAGAGAAACCGUUUAGUUGCUCUGAGUGUGGUAAAAGAUAUAGCAGAAGGGGCAGUCUAAAUAGACAUAUGAAGAUUCAUACAGGAGAGAAACUGUUUAGUUGCUCUGAGUGUGGUAAAAAAUUUACCUUUAGCAGCAAUCUAAAAUCACAUAUGAAGAUUCAUACAGGAGAGAGACCGUGCAGUUGCUCUGAGUGUGGUAAAAGAUUUAAGCGAAGGAGCGAUCUAAAUAAACAUGUGAGGAUUCAUACAAGAGAAAAACUGUUUAGUUCCUCUGAGUGUGGUUAAAGAGUUAAAGGAGAAAUAUUAUGCCCAUUUUACUGCAGUUGAUAUGGUUCAUUGGGGUCUUAAUGAAAUGUCUGUAACAUAUUUUGGUCAAAUUA